AUGACAUCUAACCUCUCCCUCUGGCUCGUGCCCAACGAAAACAGCCCAUUCUCAAAGACCGCCCAAGAGCUCAUCUCGGACACGGUUCCCCGAAACUUCGUCUCGCAAGACGAGAUUCAACAUUUCCCUCCCCACGUCACAGUCACCGGAGAACUCAAUGCAGGCAAAGCUUUCGGCGGAAAAUCACCACAAGAAUGGCUCGAUAGCAUCGACUUCUCGGCCUACAAGCCCGGCCAGAAAGAAGUCGUCCUCGAGCUCGAUACGGUCGAAGCCGAAGAUCCUUUCUUCCGGAAAAUGAACAUCUCCGUGAAAGAGAGCGAGGAUCUACGACAAGUCUCAGCGACAUCUCGCCGAGCAGCUGGAUUGGAUGAGGCGUGGUCGAAGAACGAGUAUCGGCCGCAUCUGAGCUUGUUCUAUGGGGAUGUGGCGACGCAGCAGGUCAAGGCGAAAGUCCCGCUGAUUGAGAUGAAGAUUGGGUUUGCGCUGGGGGAUUUGUUUGCUUGCUGUGGAGGCACGUUGUGUAUGGGUGGGUAUAUCGUGGUUGUGGAUACCAGGAAGCCGAUUCGGGAGUGGAAGGACGCUAUUGUGGCGAAGAGAGAGACGCCGUGGGCGAUGUGGAGGGCUACGAGGAAUUUGAUUUGA